CUUCUCUCACACAUUGUGACGCGAGACGACGGUGCGGCAACUUGCAUUCGAUUCUAUUCGAUCGCGGUUCGAUUCUACUCCGACUCACCGACUCGUCUCGUUUCCGCUUCUUUUUUUCCUCUCUCUCUUUCUCUCUCUCUCUCUCUCUCUCUCUCUCCAUCUCUCUCCGCAGAGACGAGAGGUAUCGUGUCGUGGUUCGUGGUGCUGGUGGUUAUUAUUAUUAUUAUUAUUGAGGGUCGUUUGUAUUUGCGACGCGGCGACGGUGAACCUUGACGCGGGAACGCGAUUUCGUAGACAGCGUGGCCGUUUAUCGCCGAAGAACGUGCUCAACGUCGCGAUCGCGUGCUCCGGGAUGUUUCGUCGGUCGACGAAGGGAUCAAUUUCGUGAAAUUUUCGCCUAAUUUGUGAACGUGAACGAUUUCACGCCAAGAUAAGCAGAAUGUCCAGUUCAUACGUCGUUGAGCCGCAGGAGAGCAGCUCUGAGAAAAAGGAUGAUACAUUAAUCUUUGUUCUCAAUAAUGAUGGGACAAUAACAGUUGAUCAGACAACUCUACAAAAUCUGAUAAUGAAUCAAUCGACUGCUACCGUUAACGUGGUAAGAAUGGAACAGGCUGACCCGGACUCUGAAAAUGGGGAAAUUACUUUGACAGUAGAUCCACCAACAUUUUCUCACUCUACAGCAAGUCCAGUAAAUGCCAAUGCCAGUACAGACCCAAGUGGAUUGGUAGAUCCUUUCAUGGAUCUGGAGAUGGAUCCAGAACAAUUGGAAACAUUACAAACAGCUCUUCAAAGUGAAGAAGCAAAGCAGAUACUUGGAGAAAAUGUCACUGCAAUGCUUGAUAUGUUAUCAAAAGAAGAAUUACAGAACACGAUGCGAUAUAAUAUACAACUGGAUCAUUGUUACACGAGCAGAUUUUCACCUAGUGAUCCAGUGCCAAGGGACCCUUUACCAGUUGUGGAUGAUUUGUCGGAAUCCAAUGAUACACAGUACAAUAUACAUCAAUCAUCUUCUCGAACUAUUAUGCCACCAUCCAUUAAUAACACAGACAAUGCUGGAGUCAAAAGCAAGAAUAUUAUGAAGAAUAUAACUAUACCUUCACAAAGCAAACAGAUAAACAGAUCAGUACGAAAACCUGUGUCUACACUUUCAAGUGUAACUGGAUCUUCUAGAACUAAUACAGGCAUCGUUGGGACUCCGAAAUUGCCGGGUCAUUCAGUGCCGAAAAAUAUAACAAAUAUUCAACAAGGAACAGCUAAAUUACAAGUCAAAAACAACAAGGAAGAGCAAGAAGAAGAUGAUGAACUCACAGAAUCAUCUACGGAAUCUUCGGAACCAGAACCACCGUCCGAUAAUGAUAAUGAUUCAGAUUUUGGUCCUCGUAGCUCCAGGAGAAGCAACGCUAGAUCUAGAGGAGGACGAAAAGGUCUUACUACAAGAGGUGGUAGCAUGACAGCUGUUCGAAGAAGAGGUCAAAACAAGCAAUUGGAUAUGGAACAAGUGCGACGAUUAGACAGGGAGAUGGCUGCUGCCGUUAAUGCAAUGAAAACUCCGGAGAAAGACGAUAAAUCGGAGAGAUUUAGUCCUGCUAAGAGUAAGAGACAAGUCAAAACACUCGGCGGGAAGAAAAAGGAGGAAUUGCAGUUUACAGAGAUGUCUCUAUCUGCGUCUCAAGAAUCGCCACCAGUGUACGAAAAGCCACUACAAACGACAAAUCAAGUGAAAGCAAAUAUAAUUAAUGCUAAUAUGAUCAAGGGUGACAUGGUAUUGACCAAACCUGGUCAAGGAAGAAACAAUCAGAAGGUUACGUUUAUUCAAAAACAAGUUCCUAUGAAACCGAACGAACUUAAUAAGAAUAUUGGUCUUAAAAAGACUGUGUUAGUUCCAAAGGAAAAGCUUGCAAGUCAAGCCGGUACAAAAUUCUUUACGACCAAAGAUGGGAAAUUACUGCAAAUACCAGUGACAUCUAAAAGUCCGGUAAGUCCAAACAUGCAAGUUUCUCCAACGAAAACGAUAGUGGCGCAACAUGUCGGAUUACAUCAGUGUAUGACACAACAACAGAAUGUGACCCCAGACUUACCAAUACAGCAGCAACCGAAAACUGUUUUAUCUAUCGCCAACUCACCAAUAAAGAUCAAGCCUGGUGAUGUAAAGAGGGAAAAGAGAAAAUCUGAUGCCAGCAUAGAAUCACUUUCAAAGGGAGAAGAAAAUUCUACGAAAACUGCAGAGAUCAAGACAUUAGAUAGUGCGAAGAAGCUUAAAAAAGAUAAUCGAAAGGUUCCAGGCUAUGUAGCCGAUACCCUAGGUCCCGCGCUUUUUUCAACACCGGAUAUAAUUCGACGAGUGGGUUCGAAUAAUGACGGAAAAGUCAUUGAUAAUGCUGCAACAUCUAUGACUCCGACGUCACCUUUCACAACAGUAGUAUCAACAUCUGAAUCGCCAACCGGUUCUAUUCCCACAACUGUUUCGUUAAACGUCGGCAUUACUGCUGGUUCAAACGUACAGAACGUACAGAACACUUCCAAUCUUUCUAACAAAAAAACAAUAUUUGAUACUUCUGAACAGCCUGUCCAGUUAGAACCGCAGUUAAAUCUCGACGAAGGUAAUGUGAUGCCCGAUGUGAUGCCCGAAAGCGAAAACAAACAAAAAUCGGAAACAAAACCGCCUCUGACGGAAGAAUUACAACCAUCAUUAGAUACAGGUGGGAUUGAAGGAGAAGAACAUUUAUUAGCUACUUUAGAAAUGGAAGCCACCAAACACGAGGAAGAGCUAUUUGCCGAAGCAUUGUUGUUACAGGAGGAACUUGGAGUCGAUUUAACUGAACAUGCUACGCUAAAUGAUCCCAGGCAACGAGUGAUACCAGAACCAUUAGCAUCAGGUAGCAUGCUUAUGUCUACAUUAAUAACAUCCGAGCAAGACUCUAAACCAACAGAGGUUGUAUCAACAGGACAAACACAUGUUUUGAAAGAAACUAAUAAAAAGCCUUCAAAGGAUGAUAAGGAGAUUCAAAUUAUUCGGGGCAAUCGUAUUAUUAAGUUACCACCUAUCGAAGCACCUGCUACUAGAAGUAAACGACUGCAAGCGAAAGUUGAGACAAAUCCUGAACCAGCAAAGAAAGUAGAGAAGCUUGCUCAGGUAUCAGUUCAGCAACCAAUACAACAUAACAAAGACGAGUUCAGAACAGGACAAGUAAUGAACUUAGAAGAAGAGGAAGACGAUGAAGAUGAUGAGGAAGAUAAUUCAGAUUCAGAAGAUGAUCCAGACCGAUUAUGGUGUAUCUGCAAACGACCACAUAAUAAUCGAUUUAUGAUAUGCUGCGACGUUUGUGAAGACUGGUUCCAUGGAAAAUGUGUACACGUCAGCAAAGCCAUGGGUCAACAAAUGGAAGAAAAGGGUAUAGAAUGGGUUUGUCCGAACUGUCUAAAGAAAAAAGCUGAGGAAGAAAAGAUGAAGUCAAACUCGCAAUCAUUACCUGGAAAACAAAAAACAAAGAUUGAAUCAGCAAGUGAAAGUUUAUCGUCGCAAGCUAUGCUAGCGAAAGAAAUACCUCCAUCGAAUUCUUCCACUGAUCACAGUGACGCCACUCCAACUUCUAACACAAUGCAGUGUGUUGUUUGUAAGAAGGAAGCCAGACCCUCUAGCAUUUAUUGUUCGGACACGUGUAUUCUCGCACAUGCUCAGGAAACUUUAACCAAGGACAAACCUGUACCAUCUGGAUCGAAUACAAAAUCUAUGAAAUUAUCUGCGGAGACUGCAAAGGCAAAAUCCGAAAGUAGAGUAGUAGUCUUUGACAGAAAAACUGGUAAAGUUCUUACUGGUGCAGAUGCUCCUCUAAGAUCCAAUUUACGAGCAUGGUUGAAAGAGAAUCCAACUUAUGAAAUAGUAGAAGCUAAUAAUAUUAAUACACUUCAAAUAGGUGGAAAGCUUGUCACGCAAAUUCAAACAACUGGAAAAACCGCAAAAAAUACACAGCUAUCGCCGGUUAAAACGCAAAACGUGCCAAAGAUGAUUUAUACGAAGGCACCUGGAUCAAAGCAAACUGUUCUAGCAUCUAACAAAAAAAUCACAAUAAUUCCCGCUGUACAGCAAUCAACGUCUUCGCCAAGCGUAUCGUCGGGCAGUAAACCGACACUAAAACAGACGACGAUUACCGUGACGCCAGGAAAAAGUCCCACAAUAUCAAAAACGUCGAAAAAUGUCACGAAUACAAAAACCCAAGCGGCAGGUUCACCAAAACCAACGUCGAUUAAAAAGCAAGAAGGAAAGCCAUCACCAGCUCAAUCGAAACAACAAACUAAAUUGACACCGGUAAAAAAACCAGAAACGGAACCUAUACGAGUGAAUAUCCGUAAAACGCUGACGGUAUUACUAUCCAGUCGUAUCAAAGCGACUGAAGAUCUGAAAUUAACCGAUGAAGAAAUUGCCGACUUGGCUUUCAACAUAGAACUCGAACUGUAUAAAUAUUUCAAGGACACCGGUUCUAAGUAUAAAGCGAAGUACAGGAGUCUUGUGUUCAAUAUAAAAGACACCAAGAAUCUGACGUUGUUCAGGAAAAUCGCAGAUCGCUCAUUAACACCUGACGCUGUAGUACGAUUAAGUCCGGACGAAAUGGCCAGUCAGGAAUUGGCUGAGUGGCGUGAGAAAGAGACAAAGCAUCAGUUAGAAAUGAUAAAGAAAAAUGAACUGGACUUGAUGACCCAGGCUAAAUCGAUUGUCGUCAAAACUCACAAGGGCGAACAGAUAAUCGAGAAUGACGGCGGAAUCGAUCAUGUUGAUCCUAAAACACCGGUGCAAGAUAUCGUCUCCGCAUUGAAUGAUGGAAACAAUAUAAGUUCUACGGUCGACGAUUUGGAGAAGGAUAAGAGCAAUGAAGAUAAACUAAAGACGCAAAUAGAAACAAAAAAAUCCAAAAGCAUGGAUGAACGAAGGAGGAAGGACAAAGAGAAAGGGAGAGAACACGACAGCGUUAAGUCCAAGAACAAGGAUCGACGAGAAAGAAGUCGCAGUCAGCAUCGCCAUAGUCGAGAUCGGGAUCGUAGCAAAACGCGAGACAAGAGCAAGGAGCGAAAGUUGAAUAGGAACAAGGAGAGCAAACGCGACAAGGACAGAGAACGAGAGAAGGAUAAGGAUCGGAUUAAAGAUCGAGAUAAAUCAAGCAGAAAGGAGAGUAGAGAGAGAGAUCGGCAAAGGGAGAAGGAUAGGCAUAAACGUAACGAUAGUUGUUCGAGAAAUCACAGCGGCAGUAGAGAACCCAAAGAUCUUGAUAAACGAGAAGAGGAACGAAGUAAAAAGGAAACGGAGAAGAAAAAGGAAAUUUCACCAGCACCUGUGGAAAAACCGAUAGAGGAUCGCCUCUGGCGGCACAUAGAGGACGAAGCGACAACAAACACAAUUGAUGGGAACGAUUCUGAUGUGUCGGACAGAGAACCCAGUUCUACCGUUACGAUCAAGACGCCUGACAUAAACGAGGAAACUGAAAGGGACAAGGAACAAAUGACGGACAAGGAAACAUCGGCGAAGGGUAGUUGGCAAACCGUCUGGCGCGGUUUCGUCAAUAUGGUCGACGUCGCAAAGUUCUUCAUAACCGCACAGGAAGUAAGCGGCAAUGCCAAGGACCUCAUGGACGAUUUACCGGACACCGUCGACGUUGUCGGUAGGAUUAGCCACGAAACCGUUUGGGACUACAUCUCGAAAAUGAAAAGAAGUGGCUCGAAGGAGAUUCUAGUCAUCAGAUUAACGGCUGCCAAUGACGAAGAAAAGAUUCCUUACAUAACUCUAUACAGCUAUUUGAAUAGCAGAAGUCGUUUAGGCGUUGUAGGUAAUGUUUCUAAAAAUAUUAAAGAUUUUUAUAUAAUGCCAUUUUCGAAUCAAAGUACGAUACCGCCGGUGCUGAUGCCGCUCACCGGUCCCGGGUUUGAGGAGCACCGACCGCAUCUACUUCUCGGUAUUAUAGUUCGUAAUAAGAAGAAACGACUGUUGACCGUGCCACCGGCAUUACCUACAAAAACACCCAAGACGUCUGAUAGGAGUUAUACUCCGCCAUUAAUCAGCGUGCCGAAGGAGAAAACCUUAUCACCAUCGCCAUCUUCAUCCCCCAUGUUGUACAAAACCGCUACGUUAGAGUUGACGAAAGAAAAGACGGCAACGGCAGCGGCGACGGUGACGCAAAUGACCCUAGAAUCUUUGAACAAGGCACACAUAGGUAUGUCGCGCGGCGUCAUAGAUACCGCGACAAUAUGCAAAAUCGUACCGGAAUUAUCAUCGAAGAUCGACCUGACUUCGUCGCCAGGUAAAGUCACGUUGGAUGAUGAUGGAGACGAGCCGUAUAGCCCUGGUGAGAUGGACGACGAUAUGAACAAUCUACAAACCACUCAGAUUGAUAACGCCGUCAACAUUUUGUCUUCAUCUAGUAAAAACUCUACAGAGUUACAAAGAAAAAUGGAUGAGUUGAAUCGGCAGAUCGAAGAGCAAAAGCAACAGAUCGAAGAACAGAGGCAACAAAUACAGAACAUUAGCUCGUCAUUCCUCGACGAAGCGACGCCCACUUUGCCGGGUCUGGGACUCGAUCCGCCUACUGACGACUGCGAGGAAGCUUACAGUCCGUCAAACGCACGAUCCUUUACGCCUCCGCCGCCCAUCUCAAAGUUCGCGCAGCCUAUUCUUGAUAAAGUCUCGGAUAUCACUAUACCGCCGAAUUUACAAGAAAUCCUGGCAAACGUCAAGCGGCAGGAAUCCUCAAAAGUGGACCCUUACCUUCCGUCUAAGCCUAGUGCGUCGUUUCUACCCGCACUAUACCAGACCUCAGAGAGAUACUCGCCUUCAUCUUCCUCCAGGAUCAGUCAGUCAGAGAAAACGCCGCCAGAAGUUCCCAAGGAGAACAGAAGCACUUUGAGUACUUUGAGUGACCUUGAUUUGAUCCGAAAGGCCGAGGAAGAAUUGGCCGCGGUCGAGGCAGCAACAGCAACAACAACAGCAACAGUAGCAUCCGUGGUACCACCGGUACCGCCGCCACCACCACCGUCAGCCUCUUCCACAUCGUCGUCGUCAUCCUUACUCGUUUUAACGCCACCUGCCGUUUCUGCGAGCGAGGCACCGGUGUCACCGCAAGUUCUCCCGUCUUCUCUCUCAACAGAAUCACCUACGCUGACGGAGGCGAACAAAUCGUACAAAUCAAGCUCUUCGGAUUCUUUCAAGAAGAGUUUUACCCCCGAACAACCAAAGCCGCCCGGUCUCGAGGACGAAGAUUUCCCUUCCUUUCCGUCAACUCCGCCGACGAUGGAUGUUUCUAAGAUAGCGAGUACGUCAUCUCACUCAAAGGUCUCGUCUAAGAGCGGGAUCGUGCUGAACGUUAAGCGGAAGCUGAGCGACAGUGGUGAGCCCUCUAGAUUACCGAGGACAAAAUCUCGUUGGGGUCAAAGGCCAUCCGAAUAAGAUGGUUUCUGAUCCUGGAGUUUACGUGAUUCGCGAGCAUGGCGACGUAAUGCGUCUUUUUACGUGCGUUAUCCAGUGAACGUUUAUCGUGUACAGAGUGACAAUAUACUUUUUUUUACGCGCGAAAGAAAAAACGAUCUAACGGAGCGAUAAAAACGCGAGUUUUGUUGUAAUUUGUAACCUAUGUAGUAAAAGACGAUCUUUCCGUUGUCUAUUUCCGAGUAGGACUGUAAUAUAUGGCUGUAUGCUAAUGAAUAACAAAUGAAAACAAAA